CAGGCGGCACAAAGCGAGAGGCGCUGCGAGGCGCGGGCCGGGCACCUCCUCGCCCCCCGCUCCCCGGCCGAGGCAGGGCGGCUGCCCCUGAUGCGGGAACAGCCCCCGAGCGGGGAAAGGCUCCGGGCAAACCGCCGCCGGCUUUUUUGGUUUUCCCUUUGGGCGGCGGCGAUGCCCGCGGCUCCCCGGCGGGUCCCGCUGCCGCUGCCGUGAGAUCGCCCCGGUUGAGACACCCGGCCCGGGGCCCGCCUCACGCCCCUGCUGCCCCCGCGGGGCGAUCUCUGUGCCGGCCGGGGCCAUGGGCUCCCGGCUCAGCAGGCAGAGCAGCCUGGAGGAGGAGGGCGCCUCGGGGGAGGACGCGGGUCCCAGGGCAGCUCGGAAGGAGCCGCAGCGGCGCGGCGAGAGCGGCCGGGGCGACUUCCAGUUCGCUUCCCUGCUGCUGAGCUCCGAGAAGCUGUCCGGGGUGCUGAGGAGGAGCAGCCCGGCGCCCUACGUGCGGCGCGUGGGCUGGCUGCGGGAGAUCCAGGCCACCGUCCGCGAGCACAAGCGCGAGCACGCGGUGCAUAUCCUCCGGCUGCUCCGAAAGGACCUUGGAUUAGAAGGAACAUUCCUCAGUGAAGUUCUCUACAAGAAUGCUACCUUCCUCAACUUGGUGGAUCCUAUCUCCCAUGACCUCCUGAUGAGCCUAGCUAGAGAUCUGCAGUGCCCAAAAAAGGAAUAUGAUCCUUGGAAGUCCUCGGACAGAAUCUGCAGGCAGCUGAUUUACCAUUUGACCCCUCAUUCGAAAUGGCACAGGCAUGGCAUGCCACGGAGGAAGUCCCAAGCAUGCCUGAAGAACAACCUGCAGAAGAAGCCAAGCCAAGACUCCAUGGAUCUAUCUGGGAUCCCCCUGACCAUGCGAGAUGUCCACCGCAUGGCCUACUACCUGCAGAACAAUGGGGACAACCUCACCUCAGUGGACCUGAGCUUCACUGAGCUAAAUGAUGAGAUGGUGCGCAUGCUCCUGCCAUUCCUUUGGGCACUGCCCAAGCUCACUCAUCUCUCCCUGAAUGGCAACCGGCUGACCAGAGCCACCAUGAAAGAGCUGACCGAUACCAUGAAGGACAUGAACAAGUUCCCAUGCUUGGCCUGGGUGGACCUUGGCAACAAUGUGGAUGUCUCCUCCAUGCCGCAGCCAUUGCUGGUGGGCCUGCGCAAGCGCCUCAGCCAGCAGACUACACUGCCCACCAUCUAUGAGUCACUUGACUGCGACUCCGAGCUCUCCAGUGGACAUGACGGCAGCCAGCAAGAGGACGAGGAGGAGGGAACAGAAGGCAUUCAGCCAGUGGCCAAAGACAAAGCCACCUCACCUGACUUCCCCCAGCAGUGCUGUGAGAGGUGAUUGGAUGACGAGCCUCAGCUGCCAGACUGAAGCCGCAGCAAGGAGAGCUCUGCGUGCAAACACAAAGCAGAGGGCCAGCUUCACCAGCUUCCUUUGGUGCUUCUCUUGCCUUCCCGACAUCUCAGCCUCGCCACGUUCUCAAUGAAACCCUAUCUCCCUACACGCACUGCCAGCCAAGCACAUUGCUGACAUUCCAAACAGGAACCAGUUACUUACAGCGAACCUGGCCUCGGAGCAGGAUCUCAUUGGAGGAUGGGGAAUGAGUUGUUGGAUUCGAAAUAUUCUCCAGAAGCAAAUGGGCUGAGGGGAGGGGAAGAAACGCUUGGUCCUAAGUUAUUCCCUUCCUUCCGUUUUCUCUUUGUUCUGUAAACCCUAAGGCCUGCGGCCUUGAGCUGUGCGAAAGGAGCUGCCCCAAGGGUCGAGCUGCUCUCGGGCUUUGUCAGAUGCAUCAGAGAUUGGAGCCAGAGCCCAGCAGAGCGUGUCUCCCCUUAUGCCUGGCUCAAUUUUUUUUUCCCAUUGUGUUUUGUGUUAAUGUCCAAACAAAAGGAAUUGCAGUCAGAGACCCAAUGCAGUGGUCAGGCCCAGGGAGAACACGUGACAAAACUGCAGUGUCAGGAUAUCUGGGAACAGGGUAUGUGUGUGCUGACAGGAACAUGGAGGGGCUGGAGUGUAGGGGAGGAGGUAUCCUCGCAGAUUGAGAAGAGCAGUUUUACAAACUACGGCUUUUGUACAAACACCAAACCAACGAAAAAGCAAAACCAACCUGACCCAGGGAGAAAGCUCCCAGGGAAAAGGCCAGUCUUCAGGUCCAGAGGAGUGAGAUGCGGAAACACCUACGGGGACGUCCUAAACUGCAGCAGAACUUCGGGUUGCUCCUUGUGAGACAUUGCAGUCCAUCCGACCAUCUGUAGCCAGGGUGGUCUCAUAACAGAGACACAAUGUGAACAGUUGAGUCACCGUUUUUAGCAUUGUCUAGGAAACCAAGCCAGUGAUGCAAUAUUUCCAGUGUUUUCCAUAUUGUCCAUGCUGUAUGUAAACACAAUAAAUAGUUCUCUUGGACACAAGAGUGAAGCACUAA